AGGAGAUAUGAGGGAGACGCCUUCAAGAGAAGCUGGACCUUAAGUUUUUUAGUCUUGCAAAUGCUAGAAUGAGAAUGAUUAAUAAUAAGACAAAGAAGAAGACGAGAAUUGACUUACCAGUUUCUGUCAUUGCUGAGAUUUAAAAGAAAAGUCGGUAUGAACUUACUGUGGGUUGCAAGGGAAGGCAUAAAAACAGUUGCUUUAGAACUACAAGGUCAGAAAUGGUUGCAAGGGAAAAUGAGAGACUGCGAGAGAAAUAGAGACGGGAGGGGUGUAUCAUACUUCUUAAUUAGAAGGGGAUACGAUAGUAAUUAUACAAAAACAAAAGUCCAGCCUCGCUGAAGGGUGAAAGACGGAAAAUAUUUUUUCAGAAAAUCAUCCUUUCCCUUUGUUUUCUGCGAGUAAAUACAGCUAGCGAGGCGUAGUCUUUCUUUUGAACGCAGAACUCUGAUUUCGAACCCUCUAGUGAAAGAGAAGGAUGGGUUUUGAAGCGUUUGAACCAAUCUAUGGAGAACCCAAGGUCGAAUGGGCAAAGACCUCAGAUUCGGAUUCAGUUCCAUUGCGUCGAUUUUUGAUGCAGAUUUUUGCCCCUGAUUACUAUAACCUCAAAAUUCAAGUAACUGAUUAUCACUCUAACACAUUCGCGUCUGUGAAAUCGAUUAUGCAGCUUGAGGAUAUGAGGGAUAGCAUUGGAAUUGGGGGCUCCUGGUCUGACUUUGUUGACUACUUUGUGGCCUCUGUUAAAUCUGAAGAUGUAAAGCUUGUUCUGGAGAAACAUUCACACGCAUAUGAUCCAAUGCAUGCAAAAUUAAUUGCUCAGAAAUCAAAAGGGAUGCCUUUGAUUUCCAUCUCUCUGGCAAAACUUGUGGACUCUGCUGCAAAUGGUGCUAUGGAAAAUAUGUCUUUUGAGCUCUUCAAGGCAUUUAAAUUGUUGCAGAAUUUGGUUUUACAAGAGCAAGGGUGCACCUCACAAUUAACAAAAGUGACAGCCAUUGAAAAGGAUGAUAGUGGAACUAUCCAUAGCCAACUGGAGAAGAGGCAAAAGUUACAAAAGACAAACUCUUCAGAUAAGACAGGUGCUUUUGCCCCAAGUAAUAAUGGCUCAUCAAAUUCCCCAGAGGGAGGAAAUUACAGUUUUCUGGCAUCUUCUUCAACAGACAAGCAAUCAGCUCGAGAUCCAGUCUCAAAGAAAGUUGCUAACCGUGUUGUGCCUGCAUAUCGCAGGGCAAAAGUGAGGGGUGCACUUCUGCAGGAUACUGAAGAUGACAAAGAUAACUAGAAAUAAGCUGACAGUUUGUUUCACAUCAUGUUCUGCAAUUAAACAUUUCAGUUUAGAAUAGAAAUUCAUAUAAUGUAUACAUAUCAAGAAGAAUGGAGUCACAUUUAAAGAAAAUGGUGAGGGAGUAAUAGCUUAGGAUUUUUACUUAGGCAACAAAAUACACUUGUCUAGGGUUUGCAGGUGUCAAGUGGAAAUGUAAGUCAUGGAUUUGUUAAUGUACUUGCCAUUCAAUUUUUAAGGUCAGGUAAUUGAAUUUGCUGGUUUGUGUAGAUACUUCUAAUCACCGAUAUAUGCAAAUGAUGCAAAAUUCAUGUAAAUGUGCAUGCAUGGGAUGAGAUUGGCUACCUGUAUUUGGGAAUAGUGAGUUGGCUAUUUUCUUGUUACAUUUGGCUAGAAAGGAAUAAUUUUAGAAACAGUUGAAAGACCCAAAAACCAGCUAGAAAUAGAAAACUGGAAAGGAGGUAACAUGCUUUGUGAUAAAGGGGUUGGGUGAUUGUCUUCAUUGCCCAGGCAAUUUGGAGAUAUUACAGAAAAAUGCAUUUAUACAGAUUGUCUAUUCAUGAGUUAAUUUUUAUCUGCUUCCUGCAAAACUUUUUGCAUCUUUUGGAAGGUGGAUACCAUCAAAAUUCUAUUUCCAUGAGAGUUCUUCUGUGAUAUUUAUUGCACUUCUUUCCAAAUUGAUCCUCCUGUUAAUUUUUAUUGCUUGUACCAUUUCCCAUGCAAAGCUUCCGUUGGUGCUGUCAUGAAAACAAUCUUUGUGCUCUUUCAGAAGAUGCGUCCUGUAUGUUUCUUGUGUUUGGUUUUCUUGGUGCAGGAAAAAGGCCAGCAUCCCGGGGAGAAACUGCUGAAUGAUUCAACAAGUUUCAAUGAAUCAGGAUUCUAUAAUCAAAUGCCUUUCCCAGAGAACAAAAAUGCAAGAAUUCAAGAAAAGACGAUAAAAUAGUUCUGCAGGAGAUGGAACUGAUCCAUGAAACAAUGGCCUUGGAGAAUCCUUGGAACCAUUUCCUCCUUUCACUUUCGUCUUCCAGCAGAAAGAAAUAGUCUCAGCAGUGUUGAACUGAAAGCUAGUCCCUUCAGUUGCAUCCUCCUGGUUCACCCCCUUGAGAGUAAGCUGCUCAUCAACAAUAUCCUUUAAAGAGAGCUCAUAACUAGACUCUGGCAUGUCAUGAAUCCUCUCCAUGAGCUCCUUCCUAGCUUCUGCAAUGGCUUGUGAUUGCGAGCUGAUUGAAAUAUUACUGUAACGAUGAUUGUUGGGUAGUAAACGGGAGGUUUCAUUUCUAACA